CAUGGAGACGGGCAUUUGCAGCGACACGCUCGAGGAUGGCAGCUCAUCCGACACGAUGCUGUGGCCGGGCAAGAGCAGCGAAUCACUGGAAGAGUUUGUGGGUUUAUUCGACGCGGUGCUGCGUCCGGCGGAGAUGUCAGCGCGCAGCAGAAAGGCCUGCCUGCAGCACAUGAUGGACGAACUGCCGGAGCCAGUGCGCAAUUGUAUUAUGGCCCUGAAGCACAAUCAGAUGCAGCAGUUGAAGAUCUCGGAGCAGUUCUAUCGGGAAGUGUACGAGCUGGAGAAGCGCUACUGUCUGCAGUGCGUCGAGCUGUUCGAUUCGCGGCGCUUAAUCGUUGAGGGGUCUGUGGAGCCGCCGCCGAUGGAGCCCAGCUGGAGCGAGGAGGCUGACGAGCUGGUCCAGGAGCUCAAGGCCAGCAAGGAGUUCCAGCAGCUGGUCGUGUUCAUGCCCCAGAUGCCGUACAAUGCGGUGGUUGUGCCCCGCUUCUGGCUGAGCAUCUGCCGGAAUGUUUCGUUGCUGUCGGACUUGGUGGAGAGCCACGAUGAGCCGCUGCUCGAGUGCCUGGUGGACCUGCGCAUAAGCUACGAGCCGGCUGCCUACACCAUCCAGUUCCUGUUUCACCAAAAGUACUUUCUGCAGCACCAGGCCGACCCGGAGCUGCGAGGGCUGCCACAUCCAUUGGCGCUCACGCUGCAGGCGAAUGCACUGCCACGCGAAUCCUUCUUUAAUUUCUUCUCACCGUUACAGCCACUGGAGUUGUCGCUGGCCGACGAGAAGACCAAAAUGCUGCUGGCCAAUGACUUUGAGGUGGGCUUCCUGCUGCGCACCCAGAUCGUGCCCAAGGCUGUGCUUUACUACACCGGCGACCUUGUGGACAGCACCAACGAAGCGCUCAACGACAGCGACUCCUCGGAGACAUCCGAAGCAGAAGCUGAGACAGAAACCGACGCAGAGACAGAGUCAGAGGCUGUCUGAAGCAGCUUUAGCUUU